AAGAAAAAUUAUCAAAACUGGAAUUUUUUAUAGUAUGAAUUUGGUGUAAUAUUCCAUAACCAAGUUCAAGUAGAAAACAAGGAUAGAUCAUGGCUGAAGUCGUUGCUAAAGAAGUGUUGUACUGUAAAGUAUGUUCAUUCCCUCCUGAAUACUGUGAAUUCGGUGUAUCAUUAAAGAAAUGUCAAGAAUGGUUGGAAGAUGCCAAUAAAGAAUUAUAUGAUCAAUUAUAUAGUGAAGAAGCUUUAAGUCAUAAGUUUUCUAAUACAUUAUCAUUAGAGAAACAAGAGAAGAUUCAUGCUGAGUUAGCUAAGAAACAAUUGAAAGAAGAAGCCAAACAAGAAAGAGAAUUACAAAGAAAAUUACAGUCAAAGAUCACCAUUAAGAGAAUUGAAAGAAAUAGAAGGAAACAUGUUAUAACCAUUACUGGGUUAGAAUUACUUGAUGUUGAUUUAAAGAAGUUAGCUAAACAAUUUGCCUCUAAGUUUGCUACUGGGGCCACUGUAAGUAAAAAUGCUGAAAAGAAGGAAGAAAUUUUAAUUCAAGGUGAUGUAAGUGAUGAAGCCAAAAAAGAAAUUGAAAAGAUUUUAACUGACAAGGGUUUAGAAGGAAUUGAAAUUGAACAAAUUGAUGAUAAAAAGAAUAAGAAGACACCCGCUCCAACUACACCAGGUGCACCAGCUACAAAAGACUAGGGAUUAUUCCAUAAUAUUCCAUAAUAUAUAUCUAACAUAAAUAAAUAUAUUUAAUAAUAAAAAAGACUAAUAAUACUUGAAAAGCGAAGAAAGGGGGUUUAACAUUAGCUAUCAAAUAUAAAGACGAUAAAUAAGCAGUUUUGGUGAUGAUAUAAUAUCCCAAGAACUUUAGCGUUUAUAUAUGAUAAGUGAGUGAGUGAUUGAAUGAAUGAACGAUUUGAAAAUGAAUAAAUCUUGUACGUUAAUAAUAAUAAUAACAAUAAUAGAAUAACACAGGAAAGUUAUGAUAAGAUACAACAUGAUAGUUAGUUAUCA